GACACACAAGGAAUGCCAAUACAAAAGUUCCUAAACCGGCCCACCUACCUUGUUCAACAUUAUACGUCAUCCAUUGAUCCCUCGCCCGGCACUUUUUAAUCUGAUUCUCCCCUUCUCUUCUCUGAUUGAUCGACCCAAAUCAUCCUCUUGUUCAAUCGUAGAAUUUAACAUGGGUUCGGUGGAGGAACAGAAAUCGCUUUUGGAGGACGGGCUCCUGGAACAGAACAAGAGCAAUAAGCUCUAUACGGGCGAUGGCUCAGUUGACCUUCAUGGCAAUCCUGUCCUUAAAGAGAAGACUGGAAAUUGGAGAGCAUGUCCUUUCAUUUUGGGUACUGAAUGUUGUGAGCGUUUGGCCUAUUAUGGGAUCGCCACUAAUCUUGUUACUUAUCUUACCAAUAAGCUGCACGAAGGAAAUGUGUCUGCGGCUAGAAAUGUUACAACCUGGGCAGGCACUUGCUACAUUAUGCCCCUCAUUGGAGCUGUCCUGGCAGAUGCUUAUUGGGGAAGAUAUUGGACAAUAGCUGCUUUCUCAACAAUCUAUUUAAUUGGGAUGUGUACCUUGACACUCUCAGCUUCAGUUCCCGCAUUAAAGCCAGUUGAAUGUGUGGGUUCUAUAUGUCCUCCUGCAAGUCCAGCUCAAUAUGCAGUGUUCUUCUUUGGGCUUUAUCUGAUUGCACUUGGGACAGGUGGUAUCAAGCCUUGUGUUUCUUCCUUUGGGGCUGACCAAUUUGAUGACACUGAUCCUCAGGAAAGGGUGAAGAAGGGAUCUUUCUUCAACUGGUUUUAUUUUUCUAUCAACAUUGGUGCUCUUAUAUCAAGUAGUCUACUGGUUUAUAUUCAAGACAAUGCUGGGUGGGGUCUGGGAUUUGGAAUUCCUGCAUUAUUUAUGGGCAUUGCUAUUGCAAGCUUCUUUUCAGGCACAACCCUCUAUAGAUUUCAGAAACCAGGGGGGAGUCCUAUUACAAGAAUGUGCCAGGUUUUGGUUGCAUCAUUCCGUAAGAGGAAUCUGGAGGUUCCCAGCGAUAGUAGUCUCCUAUAUGAAACACAAGAAGGAAGCUCAGCGAUUGAAGGGAGCAGAAAGCUGGAGCAUAGCAAUGGCUUGAAGUGCCUUGAUAAAGCUGCUGUAAUUUCAGAUACUGAUGCCAAAAGUGGUGACUUUUCCAAUCCAUGGAGGCUUUGUACAGUGACACAGGUGGAGGAAUUGAAGAUUUUGGUCCGCAUGUUCCCAAUCUGGGCCACAGGAAUCGUCUUUUCUGCUGUCUAUGCCCAAAUGUCUACAAUGUUUGUGGAACAAGGGAUGCUGAUGGACACAACCAUUGGUUCUUUCACCAUUCCUCCUGCCUCCUUGUCAACAUUUGAUGUUAUCAGUGUUAUUUGCUGGGUGCCAAUCUAUGAUAGGAUCAUUGUUCCGAUUGCCAGGAAGUUCACAGGAAAAGAGAGGGGCUUCUCUCAAUUGCAACGGAUGGGAAUUGGCCUUUUCAUUUCAGUUUUAUCCAUGUCUGCUGCUGCUUUGGUAGAGAUCAGGCGUCUACAGCUCGCCAAAGAGCUUGGGUUGGUCGAUGAGGAUGCUGCUGUGCCUCUUAGUAUCUUUUGGCAAAUCCCCCAAUAUAUGUUUGUAGGUGCUGCGGAGGUCUUUACAUUUAUCGGGCAGCUUGAAUUUUUCUAUGAGCAAUCUCCAGAUGCCAUGCGGAGUUUAUGCAGUGCAUUGUCACUUCUGACAACAUCUUUGGGCAAUUAUCUGAGCUCUUUUAUUCUGACUAUGGUAACAUACUUCACAACUGCAGGUGGGAAGCCAGGAUGGAUUCCUGACAACUUGAACAAGGGCCAUCUUGAUUAUUAUUUCUGGCUCUUAGCUGGACUUAGCGUCAUAAACAUGUUCGUCUACAUUGUCUGUGCCAAAAAAUACAAACAGAAGAAGGCCUCUUGAGGUAAACAACAAGGGACGGUCUCAUAUCCACAUGCAGGAAGGGUCUUAGUUGCAAGUGGUUUGUAAAUAAAAUUAUAAUGUUCUACAACUAUGAUCUUAUGAUCUCCUUCAUUGUUCAAAGGGAAUAUGUAACAUAUCCGUUAAUUUGUAUAUGGUAUUAAAUGCUUGUUCUGA